GGCUCGGAUCGCUUGUUGUCCGAGCUCUGCUACCACGUGACGCAGGUGUUCUAUGGCUUUCCCAGCGAGAUCUCCCGGCGAUGUUUGGUCGCCCUCUUCCACGCCCUCCGCGAGCAGACGCCGAUGUCCAGGAGCGCCCUUGGUGCGGUGCACAUGGAUUUUCAGAAGCAAAGCUUCGAGUCGGCCUUGGACUUCCUCGGAAGUCCGAACGAGCUCGGCUCACAUGGCCGUCAACAGGCCGAGAGGGACGUCUCCGAGUCGCUCUUGGCAGUCCUGAACUCGGCGAAGGCGAACUUCAGAGGCGCAGGAAAAGCGGACGCGGGGCCGGGCCCGCCGGGCACUCCGGGCGCCCUGGCUUUGGCGUUGGCCCUCCAUCUCCUCGAGGAGCUCCCUGCCGCCGUGGCGCCCGUGGGCGCAAGCAGCAGCGAGAGCUCCGGAGAGGAGGAGGACGACGCUUUGCCACAUGCGGUGGUGAUGUCACUGAACAGCUUCCUCCAACGAGAGCUUCUGCAAGCGAGUCACUUGCUUCGAAGCGUCCGGCAGAGCCUCGAGGAUCUCAUCGCCCACUUGGAAGGUGAGUCCUUCUCAGAUCUGGAGGCCAUGUUGGACACGCUCUUGGCGGGCUCGGUGCCCGAGUCCUGGAGCGGAUUGGUGGCCCCUCGCCGAGCUCUGGCCUCCUGGACAGAGGACGUCGCCCGGCGCGUGGGAGCGCUGCGCGCCUGGGAGCUCAGCGGAAAGGCCCCAUGUUGCUUCUACCUGUCCGACUUCUUGAAUCCGAAAGGCUUCCUCAUCGCGACGCUCCAAGGGACUGCUCGAUUGCGGCGAUCCUCUGUGGACAGGAUGCACUUCCAACAUCGAGUGGAGCAUCUGCUCUCCAAUGCAGAAGAGGUCCGGCAGCAGUUGAAGGCUGAUCAUGCUUUGCUCGACGCGUCUUUCGAAGGUGUCUUCCUGGCAGGGCUCUGGCUCGAGGGCGCUGUCUGGAGCCGGCGGAAAGGGAUCUUGGAGGAGAAGGACUGCAUGCACUCGCGCCGCUGGUCGGCCCUGCCGGCCGGAGCCGACGCUUUCCGCUUUGGAAGAAAGCACCUCACCUCAGUGCUGCUGCGAACAGGUCCUCCGCUUUAA